AUGAUAAAAAGGUUACAAGCAGAUAAAAACAGUGAAAUCAAAAAUAUGACAUUAGAUUGCGAUAGAAGUGGUUCCUAUAGAAACAGACUAAAUUUGACAGAUAAUUCAUAUUAUAAACAGAUAGCUUUAAAACUUUUGCGUUGUCUAUUUGAACUUUAUGAAGUUAGACAUGAAAAUAUUUGGUAUCUUGAAAUCAGAAACUCUAAACAUAACUAUGAAGCAUCAGUUGAUAUAUUUGUAGAGGCUCAAGCAAGAGAAAUGUAUGCAAUGAUUUCUUCUCAAUGUAUCAAAGUACUUUAUAUAUACUGGAUUUCUCUGUUUGAACCUCUCUUAUAUAAUGUUUCUGUUUUCGCUUUGAAUAAGAUCUGUGAUGAAUGGAUAAAAGUAUCAACUGCAACUUUAGAUUCUCAUCUAAGACCUUGCACAGGAACUCUUAGAUCUAUAAUAGGGCUUCCAUUGGAUUCAAGGGCAUCAAAUAGAAUUUCUGGAACCUACCUACCUUCUACUAUCAGUUCCCAACUAGAAGAGCUGGUGAAUACUCCACCAAUUGUGUUAGAAAAUCUUGUUACCCAUAAGCUACGAGGAAGACCAGCUAAUACAAAAAACAAAAAUACAAGAACAACAUGA